AUGAUAUCGGCAUUUUCGGCUCUGCCGAUAGUGUCCUUGCCGUUAACAGAUAGGUCAAGGAUAACCAGCAUUUUUGCGAUAGGUGGAAGGUUAUUGAUCGGAUAUUCAACCGGCGUAUUACAGGUUUAUAACAUAUUGGAGCCAUUCUCACCAUCUUUACAGGCUUCUUUAAGUGCAACUUAUAAGAACAUAUCAACCCAAGCUAUUGAAAAGAUUGGGGCCAUCCAAGAUGCUGGUUUUUUGGUAAUCUUAGCCAACUCUAUGGUCAGUGUGUAUGAUUUUGAAACUUAUUCGCUGGAUGAGCAUCUUUCAAAAACCAAAGGAGCAACAACCUUUGCUACAAUUCAAGGACUAAAGGAGUUGGAUUCCGACCAACCAGGGGUACCAAUAACACUUUCCCGUUUGGUAGUAGCAUGUAAAAGAAAAUUGGUUUGUUAUGAGUGGAGGGAUACAGAAUUUAUCGAAUAUAAAGAGAUACAACUUCAAGAGACUAUCAAGAGUCUGUGCUUUGCUGAUAUCGAUAAUAUUAUAUGUGGGUUAUCGUCUGAAUUUAGUGUGGUUAACUUAGUAGCAAAUAGCAUUGCCACUGUGGUUCCAGAUGGCGGUGACAAUGCACCGUCUGCGGUGUCGGUUGGGAUGAGUUAUAUUGGAAUUGGAUCACGAAUGGCUCCCCCACUGUGCGUGGCCCUCGACAAUAGGUUAGCCAGCACAUUUGGUUCAGACAAUAAGUUUGGUAUGAAAGAGAUUCAAGAGAGGAAGGGUUCUUCGGCAUAUCUACCCGAUUAUGUAGGUUCACCACUGAUUACUCGGAAAAGUCUAUUAGUUCGCGACACACGGUCGACCUGUAUCGAUAGCGCAGGUAAGGUGGUCUCAGAUUAUCCUAACAUUCAAUGGCCAUCGGCUCCAAGAGUACUUGCAUUCAGCUAUCCCUACUUGCUGGAUGUAUUGCAAAAUGCGGUGGAAGUGAGGAAUCCAGCCACCACUACAGUCCUCCAGUCCAUACCCAUCGAGAAUAUAGACUUGAUGACGGAGGGAAAGUUGUUAUACAUGGCGUCAGCUAGACGGGUAUAUAGACUUCUGGCUGGUGACUACAAUCUUCAGAUUCAGAAGCUGACUGAUAAUGGAGAUUUGGUUGAGGCGAUUUCUUUACUUAGUCAGAUAGAAACUGUUCUUGUUAAAGAUAAAGAAAACAAACUUCGCCACCUUCAAAUCCUUCGUGCUCAAGAGCUAUUCAAGGAUAACAAAUUUGAAGAGGCUUUGCUCAUGUUCUCUGAUAUUUCUGCGCCCCCCAAUAUUGUUAUUAAUUUAUACCCCGACAAUUUUGUUGCAGAAGAUGAGAAUUCGACAAUCAAGAGUACGACAACUGAUUCUACUAAACAGCACAAUAUAUCAUCAGCAAGUAAUACUUCAGAUGGAGAACCUUCUAAUCUAUCGACUCAAUUUAAGUGGACCCAAAGAAACCUUACCAAAGCUGUUCGCAGUUUAUUGCCGUAUUUGGCAGACACAAGAAGAAAAAUAUCCAAGCUUGAAACGUCUCAGGAAAGAGUUAAAUAUCAUGGUUUUGAGCUUUCUGAAGAGAUCUAUGGUGAUUUGACUGUUGCUGCUGGACUGGUUGACACAACUUUGUUCAAGUGUUACAUGCUUAUAAGCCCUUCCUUAGUGGGCCCAUUAGUACGGGUCGCCAAUCACUGCGAUCCCGUUGUGGUAGAACAAAAGUUGUCUGAAGUCGGAAAAUGGAAAGAUUUGAUUGAUUUUUAUUUUGGGAAGAAGAUGCAUAGGGAAGCGCUCAAGCUUCUAGCAAAACUUUCCGGAGACGAUAAUACUGAUUCUAAUUUAUUGUCUGGACCAGAACCAACUGUACAAUAUCUUCAAAGAUUGAACAAUGAAUAUCUUGAUGUCAUAUUUGAAUUCGCUUCUUGGCCCAUUUCAGUCGACAAGCAAUUUGGACGGGAUAUAUUUUUGGAGGACUCGUCGGAAUCUCUUUCUCUUUCACGGCCCAAAGUAUUCAAAUAUCUACUAGCAUUACCGUCUCAUGAUCUCUGUAUUGAGUAUUUGGAAUACUUGGUUAGUGAAUUGGGUGAGACUCUACCUCUGUUUCAUAACAACCUAGCCACUCUUUAUAUUAGACGUAUAGAGGGUGGUCGGGAAGAUGAUAUUCCCAAACUGAUGACAUUUUUGUCAACAUCUUCCUAUUACAAGGUUGACAGAAUACUGAACGAGAUUGAUGAGAAUAAUUCAAAGUUUCAUGAAGCUCGUGCAAUACUAUAUGGCAAGCUGGGGCAACACUUAGAGGCCCUUCAAUUAUAUGCACUCGAAAUUAAUGACCAGAUAAAAGCCAGGAAAUAUUGCGCGGAUGUCUAUGAAGCAGACAAAAACCAGGGCCAGAAUUGUUCGCAUAUGUUAUUUGAACUGUAUUUAAAAGAUACGAGUCAGAAUAGGCAGAACAUACUAGAUUUGUUAUCAUCUCAAGGACCGCGAAUGUCCCCUAUCAAGGUUUUAUCCCGGCUCCCUGCCGACUUCAGCUUGAGUGAAUUAGACCAUUUCUUGCAAUCCCAGUUGAGAACACUGACGAGUGAAGCGACAUCUGAAAGAGUUGAUGCUUCUUUAUCAAGGGUACACUUGAUCCGAACUCAAGAACAAUUAUUGGAGUUGACCCAAAAAAGUACUACUAUCACCAAUCAUCGAACUUGUAAAUUGUGUAAGAAACGUCUGGGACACAGCGUUAUAUCGAUAUUCCCGAACGGCGUAGUUGUUCAUUUUGGUUGUCAAAAAGCAUAUCAGGACAUGCUACGACAAGAGAGUGAAAAAUCCGCCCCACUAAGUCUUAGUGCUUAUAAAAAGUCUACUAAAUAG